AUGUUUUCAAAGCGCCACAAUUUGAAAAAAGCCGGCGAAUGGGCGAUCGUUACCGGUGCUACAGAUGGAAUUGGGAAGGCAUAUGCGCAAGAACUGGCCCGCGAUGGCCUUAACAUCAUGUUGAUCAGUCGAAAUAUGGAGAAACUGGAAUCCGUAGCCAAAGAGAUUCAAGAUGCCCACAAUGUGAAGACGAAAGUUGUUCAGUGCGAUUUUACACAGGUAGGUUGUGUGCCCAAGACGCUCUAA